CAGCUGUUGAAAAACCGAAGAGAAGAAGAAGAUCAUAGGUUAUGAAAACACGAGCCACUGCAAAAUGUUAAGAAAAUCGUUUAUUAACCUGCCCCGUUUUAGUCAGAUAUGCGGUCUGCCGCGACGGCUGCAGAGCACACAGCCAGAGCAAUCGGCAGAAGCGGAGCCGGAGGAUAUUUCCCAAGUUGAGCAGCGGAUUCUCAAGCAUCCGGAUUACUUCCAAGUGCACAAUCUGUUUACCGUGCGGGACCUCUUCAACGCACGAGUACAUUAUGGGCACAAGGAGGGCUCACUAGACGACCGGAUGCGUCCUUAUUUGUUCGGCAGUCGACUAGGCCACCUGAUCUUUGAUCUGGACAAGACAGCGUCGCAUCUCCGUGAUGCACUAAACUUUGCCGCCCACAUUGCCUUCCGUGACGGCAUUAUACUGUUCUUCAACCGAAACGCCAUGAACUCGCACCUCGUAGAGCGAAAAGCCCAGGAGGCCGGAGAAUUCUCGCACACUCGCUUUUGGCGCGGCGGCAUCUUCACCAAUGCCAACGUGCAGUUCGAUGCAGUUACCCGGCUGCCCGAUCUCUGCAUCUUCCUCAACACGCAAAACAACGUGAUGGCACAGCACACGGCAGUUAGGGAUGCUGCCAAGAUGGCCAUUCCCACGAUUGGAAUCGUCGACAGCAAUUGCAACCCAAAUUUGAUCACAUACCCAGUGCCAGGCAACGAUGACUCCCCGGCAGCGGUGGAGCUAUAUUGCAACCUUUUCAAGGAGGCCAUUCUGCGUGGCAAGCGGGAACGUCGCCAGCUCCUUGGACUACCGCCCCUGGACGAAGCCCAGCCGCGGCGCAGUCGCAAACCCAAGAAAUAGCCUUAAGAGUGUCAAGUGAAUUUUGUUACAUUUAUCUGAAUACAAAUACCGAUGUCAGUUGAUCCAGGAUGUAGAAUAAACUGCUGACCUGGGACCGAAA